GUGUAAAGACAUUCCUGUUUUUAUUAAUCAUUUUUGUGUUUUAUUUGCUUGGAUUCCCCGCUGAGUUGUUCGUUGUCAGAUUGUCUAAGCCCAGUAUUCAUUCUUUGACUUUCACUCAUUCAUAAACGCAACCAUGAAGUUUACUAUCAUCGCUGCUCUUGCAGUCCUAUCAGGAGUCCACGCCGCUGACUCUGCAUCUACAACAAUUACCUGCAGCUCAUGUCCCUCGGCCGUAACGACCCCUGAUAUCGUCACCCGUUCGGCUCUCCCCACUACUUCGUGCACUGAGAAGCCUUUGACGGUUGUAUCAAACACCAAGGGAGGCAGUGGAGCUGCUGCGCCUACUGGUUCGGGUGCCGCUUCUACUCCUACGGCUCAGGUCCCUGUGUCUGGAGCUAGUAUCAAUAAGAAGGGAAGCAUUGGUGGAAUGGCUGCGGCGGCUGCUAUGGUAGCUGUCUAUAUGCUCUAGUGUUUUGUGUAGUGGUCAAUGGAGGGUAUACUAGUGUUUGGACGAGCUUAAUAUUCGAUGGGUACUAGUUUUAUAUAGUGGGGUGCAAGCGGCCAUGCUGCAUAUGUAAUACUGUGUCGUGCUGUGGAGGA